AAUUCAGAUUCAGCACCUCCACCAAAUCUCGACGAUGAUGACCGACGUGCAUGAGUGACAUAACCCAUUGAAAAUAUUUCAUAAACAAACGGCAAUUGAUUGCAAAUUAUAAAAAAUUAUUAAUCCAAUAUGAAAAGUUUUUUGCCCAGACUAAUUGGUGUAGGAUCGGUUAAAUUAAUAAGAAGUUUCCAUCGCUCAUGUGUUCCGAGACACUUAGGCUCCCGAUCGUACGAUGGAGAUGGAAAAACGACGGUAUCUAUUUUGAAUACAGAUCUCAAUUAUGGUUUAAUGAUUGAUGGCCUUUCGAGUUCUGGAUUCAAAUUAAACAACGGCGUAUGGGUGUUGGGACCAGUAAUAAUAUUUCCAAAAUCAAUAAUAAGUUGGAACAUCGGAUCGAGUGAAGACAUAAACGAAGAGUCAUUGGUCCUUUUCAAAAUACUUCAACCAAAACUUGACAUUUUGAUCUUAGGCCUUGAUCAAAAGUAUGAAAACUCAGUUCCUUUCAUACAAACAGUAAAGACACUGGGGAAAAAAAUUGGCAUGAAUAUUGAAAUUUGCCAAACGGUACAUGCUUGUACAACUUUUAAUUAUUUGAAUGCGGAAAGAAGAUAUGUUGCUGCUGCGCUGAUGCCUCCAAGAAUACAAUUGCCUAGAGGAAUUAAGGCUUUACAAGAUACAGCAAUGAGGAGGAGGCUUGCUAUAGCAGAAGAACAAAUUUCUGCAAAAUGAUAAAAUAGUUUAUAAAUAUUAUAGUGAAAAAUGAAAUAAAAUUGAAUGAAAAAACAUGUUUUCAAAAAUAUUAA